AUGGCUUUUAAUGGGAAAUCGAGUGGGUUUAUAUCUAGUAGAGAUCUCGAGAGAGGAAAUGAUGGACUAGAGAACACAAGCAAACGCGCAAGAUUUGGCCUAGCGUCGGGGUUAGACAAGGAAAAAUCCACGCAGUUCCAACAUGAGCCAAAGGCAGAUAUUAUGAGCCAUUGGCUCUUCGCUGAUGAUCCCCUAGAUGCGAAUCUAAAUCAAAAAUCUGCCUUAGUUUUAUCAAAUACAAGAUGCUCCAGUUUUUCUACACCUGCAAAACCAUCAUACACAUCGGGAUUCCAAUCAGCUUCAGGGAGACAGUAUAACACAUUUAGUUCUGGACAGAUUAGCGAUGUAAGAAAGUUUCUAGGGCUAGAUGAUAAUGAUGCUUCAUACGAAUUUACAAAGGAUACAGCGUUCAAAUCUAGCUUUACCAGAGCAGGGAGUUUUAAUAAAGAAUUUGACUUAAAAUCCGAGAGUCUUAUUCCAUCUGGGAAUAGUAUUGAUAGAAAUGAAAGAUAUAAGCUUCUAGAUCGCUCAAAGACAACUACAGACAAAGUGAUUGAUUCUGUCGACCUUUAUGAAAUCAGCAAAAUAAAAAGCUGCUUAGACCUUUGGAAUUACAACUGCAUAUAUACAAACUAUUACAAAUCUGAUUUAUCUAUUGAGAUAAUCUCAACUUUGUGGAAAGAGAAUGGAGACCCAUUUACAGUUCACUAUGAUAAUGCAGAAAAUUUUAAAUUUAUACACGUUCACUGUAAUAAUGUAACAAUCGGUGGAUUUGAAGAAGUUAAUCGGUGUUUUCAAAAGAUUUUGGCGACAAAACCAAUAAAAGAUUCUGAGAAACGCACAUUUGAUAGGAAUUGGGUACUGAAAAAAUAUAAAUUGUAUACAGUGGUUUCUUGUAGAAACUACAGGAAAAAAAUUUCUAAAUUGCUAAAAGAGGGAAAUAGUUUAAAGAGCCUAGUAGAAGAGAUAUCUCUACCUAAUCCUAUCAACCUACUAAAGAUACUCUUUAGAUUAUUAAAAUUUGAAUAUUCUGGUCAAAGGUCAAUUUUAUUAAAAAUUCUACAAGGUGAUGCUUCAUCCGAUUUACCAGUUGUUGUAAGAGUAGAAAGUGUUUAUAGUGAAAAGGUCUACUUGAGCGAUGGAUACAAUUGUUUCAAGGCCGUACCUAGUGAUAAAUACAUUAAAGCCUUAUUCAAUUCCAAGACAAUUUGGUCAGGUUCCAAAAUUCUCUUACAGGGAAUCGUAUUUACAUCCACAAGCUACGAUGAUUACACACUUAACUUGUACAAUAACUCAAUUAGUGGUGCUAAAAACCUUAAAAUAGGUCUUCAACCGAAACAUUGUAAUUCUAAUAUCAGAGACCUAAAGUAUGAUGCUGGAAAGGUCAUGAGAGUUGAUGUUACCGUAUUAAAAAGACUCCCAUUGGUCUACAAAGCUUAUUUAAAUUGCAAGGAAACAGAGGGAACAAAGUGUUUGACACUGACUGAAGAUGAGUAUCAAUCUUUAAUAGAUGAUCCGGAAUCUGCCGUGCUGAGCACAAUUGAUAGCAUAUCCAUCAUUUACACAAUGGUGAUAGUGGACACUUGUGUGAUGUUAAAUGAAUGUAAGGAUUUUGAACGUAGGGUGAGAGAAUCGUGUGUACGUUUGACAUUGAAAAAUGUUGAUAAUGAGAUUAUGUCCAUAUUAAAACCAAAAACACGUUUUGUUGUAACAAACGCAUUUGUAAAGAAUCAAUCAAAUACACUUGAAUCAUUUGAGAAUUCUUCACGUGCUGGAAAUGGAAUACAUUUAGUCAGCACAAUGUAUAGUAGAUUUGAAAUUAUCAAAGGAAAGGAGCACAUGAAUAUCUACCAGCAACCCCUUUGCUCUGGAUCAUUAUCGUACAAGCUCUUUAUGAAUAUGCCACUAUUGUCCAUCCACGGAGAUGAUAAUAUUAAACAUCUCACACUUUGCGACAUUACAAAUUCCGGGAGGAAUCACCAAGAGGAGGCAAUUUACAACUCACUAAGAAAUUUUCCAGAAAAAGAAGAUGAAGCUAUAUACAUGGGACAAACAUGCGAUUUGAAUGGAGUAGUAAUUCAAGUUGGGGAUGUCAUUGAUGCCAGAGUGAACUACUUUAGAUUCUUUUUGCUGACUACAAAACUAAAUUUGGUUGCAGUAAAGGUUCUCUCUAAAGAUACCACGAUAUAUGACGAGAGCGGGAAGCUCUACAAACUUCCUACAUAUUUUGAGCGCAUUAGAUCAAAGCUGAGAUUCUCGACGAUUAGUGCUGAAGAAUGCGAACAGGAGCUGGCAAAGAAUACCUCUGGAUUGAUACAGGAAUUCUGUAAUCUUCAAUAUGCGGGAUUCGAUGCCCAUUGCAAUAUUCACAACUUUCAAGUCAACAUAGAAGAGUUUGUGUUGAAGAGUAGCAACGUUCUGAAAAGUCUUCAAGAACAUUUUAUAAAGGCUAAACUUGUUCAUAGAGGGGGAUGUCUACACCUUUCGCUAGCUUCGUACAGAGGACUAAGUAGCAGCUACAUGGACGAAAUGUGCAAGAUGUUUAUCGCAUUAAUAGUGAAGCACAUUAUUAAGGUCUACGAACUUGUUGGCUCCAAUAAUUCGUUUGUGGAGAAAUGCUAUUCCUUUGGAUAG